AUGUCCAAUUCCUGGAUGAGCGGCGCGGCACGAUACGUCAUACGCACCGCGUCGUUGCUUUUCGUGUUGGUGUGCCUCUGCCGUCUGGUUCAUGCCGACGUGGUCGCAAGCACGAGUCGCGGAAUCUUCUACGCCUUCGCGGACGGCCAGGUGGUGCUGAUCGACCCCACCAAAGGCAGUCCGCUAGCGUCGCUGCGCGCAUUCAAGGGGCCAUCGGGGCACGUGCCCUUCCCCAACAAGUGCCCCGCGCACCCUUUCAGGGGCGAGUGGCGCAGCGUGGCGUUCGGCCCCGCGCAACGCACGCUGCUGGCCGCGGCGAGCUACAGCACGACGGGCGCGCUUCGCCUGCCGGAACUCACCGACGCGUUGCACGUGUUCGACACGGUCGAAGCGGACGUCACGGCGCGAGUACCGCUGAACAACACGCCGGACAGCGUCUACUUCGUUCCCCUCGCUAACGAGGUGUGGGUGCACGCGGCCGACGUGGCGGACCGCUACUCGUUCUCCAUUCUGUCGGCGCAGCCGCCGUACGCGGAGGUGCACAGCCAGGGCAUCAAUACCAUGCUCCCCGCGGGGCGCGCGCGCCUGCUGCAGAGCCCCAACCUGGGCACGCGCGGCUAUCUGACGACCUCGGGAUCAUCGGGGGUGUACACAGUCGACCUCGCGCGCCCCUCUACCGCGCCCGCGCUCUUCCUCUCCUUCCAGGAAGCCGCCGCCGUCUCGCAGCGCGCCUGCCCCGGCGCGCUCUCCAGCGCGUACGCGCGCGUGCUGCGCCACGCCUUCGUCUCCUGUGCGCUUCCGCCCGCCGCCUCCCCCCUUUCCCCUGCUGACGGCGGAAUCGGGAUCGGCGUGAGCGAGGCGGGCGCGGGCGCGCGGAAGGCGAGCGCGGCAGAUGGAUUGGCGGAAGCGCGGAAUCUGGCGACGGUGCAGAUCGACGCGCGCACGAACCUGAUCGUGGGCGUCUGGCCCUUCGCUGGCGAGCUGUACAUGGCGCCGGACGAGAGUUUCCUCUUCGUGCUGGAUGCGACAAACAAAGCCAUCCACCUGCUGCAGCUGAGUGCCGUCCAGCCGCCGCCCGCGCAGCCCAACGGGCAGCCGCAGCCCACGCCGCGGCCGCGCCCCAACGUGACAGCGUGGCAACCGCUGACGUUCACCGUCGACUACACGCCGCUGAAGCUGGUCUUCACUCCCAAGCCGCCGCACUACCUGGUGUACAUAAGCGUGGCGGAGGGCGGGGUGAUAGGGCGGCUGGACAUGCAGCAGCUCAUGCAGUGCGGCAGCGGGUGCUCCGCCGGCAACAUGGCGUCCUUCGUGCAGUUCGAGCAGCAGAUGGGCGAAAACUCCCCCCCAAGAGGCGGGCUCGUGCUCUCACGACCAGUGGCAGCAGGCGGGGGCUAUGUGUGCCAGGUGGCGGCGUACGAUCGCAGCAUAGUGUGCCUGGAGGAGGCCACGGGCCAGAAGACACCUUACGCCAACAUCAGCGACGUGCAGCACUUGAUAUUUGUCCCCGGUGACUACAUGGGAGCUCCCCCCCUGACGGCCUUGAGCACGACCCUUGAUUACGGCGAGGGGAACUGCGUGGGCUACGCCGCACGCGACGCGAGCGGGGAGCUGGCGGCGUGGAGGUUUCGUCGGCGGGAGGUGGGGCCGCGGGACGUGAAGAUCCGCAUCACGCACUGCGGCGUGUGCCACAGCGACGUGCAUUUCGCCCGCAACGACUGGGGCUACUCCCUCUACCCCAUGGUCCCCGGUCACGAGAUCGUGGGGGUGGUGGAGGAGGUGGGAGCAGCCGUGAGCAAGGUAGCAGUGGCGCAGCGGGUGGGAGUGAUGGGAAUCAUGGGGUCGUGCGGGGAGUGCGAGGCGUGCAGGCAGCAUGAGGAGCAGUUCUGCGCCAAGUGCCUCUUCACCUCCAACUCCCUCGACCCUCACUCCCCGUCCGGCGAGGCCACUUACGGUGGCUACUCCUCCUUCAUUGUCUGUGAUGAACACUUCGUCCUCUCCAUCCCUGCUGAGCUGGCAUCUGACGUGGCAGCACCCCUCCUGUGCGCGGGCAUCACAGUAUACUCCCCAAUGAUGCAUUACGGCGCCAACAAGCCGGGCAUGCGCCUGGGGGUGGCAGGGCUGGGCGGGCUGGGCCACGUGGCAGUGCAGAUGGGGCGCGCGUUUGGCAUGCAUGUCACCGUGCUGAGCAUACAGCCGCACCAAGAGAGGGACGCCAGGGAGCUGUUUGGGGCUGAGAGGUUUAUUCUCACCACUGAUGCGUCAGCCAUGCAGGCGGCUGCGGGUUCACUGGACGUCAUUAUCGACACAGUGCCAGUGCAGCAUGAGCUGGGGCCCUUCCUCGACCUCCUCACAUACAACGGGAAGCUGCUGCUGGUUGGCAUUCCUGUAGCCCCUUUCACCCUCCACGCAAGCCAGCUUGUAUUCGGGCGCAAGAUGGUUGCGGGUGGGUUGAUAGGGGGAAUCAAGGAGACACAAGAGAUGCUGGAGUUUUGUGCAAAGAAGGGUGUGGCGCCGAUGGUGGAGAGGAUUGAUAUCAGAGACAUCAACAAGGCACACGAAUGCUUGUUGAGGGGUGAUCAGCAACCGUCAAGGGACCAAGACGGCGCUUCAAUGACUCCUGCAGAAGGCGAGGGCAACUGCGUGGGGUACGCCGCGCGCGACGCGAGCGGGGUGCUGUCACCGUGGAGGUUCCAUCGGCGGGAGGUGGGGCGGCGGGACGUGAAGAUCCGCAUCACGCACUGCGGCGUCUGCCACAGCGACGUGCACCUCGCGAAGAACGAGUGGGGUAACUCUAUGUACCCCAUCGUUCCCGGCUCGUCUUUCCUUGUCCUGGGUGGUUUACCACCUCAUGCUCUGUUUCCCUUCACCUCCUCUCUCUGUGCCACUUGCUUGCUACGUUGCUUCCCCUGCAGGCACGAAAUCAUAGGAGUGGUGGAGGAGGUGGGAGCGGACGUGAGCAAGGUGGCAGCGGGGCAGCGAGUGGGCGUGGGGUGCAUGGUGGGGUCGUGCGGUGAGUGCGGGGCGUGCAGGCAGCACGAGGAGCAGUCGUGCCCCAAGUGUGUCUUCACCUACAACUCCGUUGACCCGCUCUCGCCGUCCGGCCAGGCCACUUACGGAGGCUACUCCUCUUUCAUCGUUUGCGAUGAACACUGUGUCCUUUCCAUCCCUUCCGAGCUGGCAUCUGACGUGGCAGCUCCUCUGUUAUGCGCGGGCAUCACAGUCUACUCCCCCAUGAUGCAUUACGGCGCCAACAAGCCGGGCAUGCGCCUGGGGGUGGCAGGGCUGGGCGGGCUGGGCCACGUGGCAGUGCAGAUGGGGCGCGCGUUUGGCAUGCAUGUCACCGUGCUGAGCACGUCGCAGGGCAAGGAGAGGGAGGCGAGGGAGGUGAUGGGAGCGCACAGGUUCAUUGUCACCAAAGACGCGGACGCCAUGAAGGCAGCAGCAGGGUCGUUGGAUGUAAUCAUUGACACGGUCUCAGCGCAGCAUGAGCUGGGGCCCUACCUCGACCUCCUCACAUUCAACGGGAAGCUGCUUCUCCUCGGCAUCCCCCCAGCUCCCUUCACUCUCCAUGCCAGUCAGCUUGUGUUCGGGCGUAAGAUGGUAGCAGGAAGUUUGAUAGGAGGAAUCAAGGAGACUCAAGAAAUGCUGGAGUUUUGUGCAAAGAAUGGUGUGGCUCCCCAGGUUGAGAAAAUUGCUAUCGGAGAUAUCAACCGGGCAUAUGACCGUUUACUCAAGGGUGAUGUGAAGUAUCGUUUUGUCAUUGAUGUGGAGAAAACCUUGAAGUAA